UCGUCGGCGGCUCGCGCCUUCGUGGGCCUGGCGGGGCCUCCCUGCGCGGACCGCUGGGGCGCGGCGGGGCGCUGCGCGGGCUACGAGCUGCGCGGGCUGUGCCACGAUGGGGUCGCCGUGGCUGGGCUCGAGGCCAACGCCACCGAGGGCUGCUGCGCCUGCGGCCGCGGCGGGCUCCGGGAGGGCUGCCCCGGCGCGGCCUCCGAGGCACGGACCCUCUGGGCGGCGUGCCUGCCGCAGGGUGCGCAGCCGCUCGCCAGGCACGCCCGCCUGCCCCAUGGGCGUGCUGCAGCCGCCGGCGCGCUGCGGCUCCGACGUGCCUCCGUUCGCGGCGACGGCGGCUGCUGGCGCCAGGCCCCCGGCGCGCGGCUUCCGGCGCGGGAGGCCUUCCGCGCGGCGGAGGCGCUGCUCGCGGAUAGCACCUCGGGCGCCCGGCCGGACGGCCUGGUGGAGGGGCUGCUGCCGGCGAGGCACGCGGCCGACGUUGCCAUCGCCGGCAUGCUCGGCCGCUGCUUCGGCGGCCCGGGGCCGGGCGCCCUGGCCACAGCCAGGGUCGUGGCGGACGGCUCCGCGCACGUCGGCGUCUUCACCGGGCAGACGUCGCGGCACCUGCUCGAGGGCCUCCCUCUGCUCCGCCUCCACUGCGUCGGCCCGUACGCCGCGGAGGACGAGCACCCCGAGGCAAACGGCGAUGUACAUAAAGGUUGCCAGAACUUGUCGCAGAGUGCGGCUAGCUACAUCGGUGGCCCACUUGACAUGGUGUUCUUGGACGGCUCUCACUGCUCGGAGGCUGUCUGGGGGGACCUCUUGUCAUGGGCGCCGUACACGCGGCGGAUUGCUGGACACGACAUGAACAUGGCUUCGUGGGGCGUGGCGCACGCCGUGAUCCGCUGGUCGGCUGGUCGCGCAGUUCACCUCUCGGCAGACGGCGUCUGGUACGUGGACGUGUGA